AAAGCCCCGCGAGCUGCUGCCAGGGUUUCCUGCAGAGAGGGAGGGCGAUGUGGUCUCACCAGACAGCGUCGGACCGCAAACAGGAGCGCAGAAGCUGUGGGAAGAAAGCGCUGGACUCGGAUUGGCUCCGUCGGAGGAGAGACGCAGCUUUCCGCGGCAAGUUGGACUGAAAGGACGCGUUCAGUGAACAAAGUGAUGCGCGCAAGAAAGGGAUGCCAGCCAGGCGUGGCUUGUGUUUGAAUAUCCAAUGUGAGAAUGCGUGGGGAGUAUGUAUAUAAUAGAGUCUCUCCAUCUGAUAAACAGAGAUAUCAAACUGAUGAUUAUAGCAAAGGACGUCCAAUAAACUGAAGGGACGCUGCCUGGUCUUGGAGGAGCACCGUGCGCUGGCUUUUUACGCUUUUGGACUCGGGUCAUCUUUUCUCUCCCCUCCUCGAACCACCGAGCAUUUCAAAUGCCGUCGCUUAAUUUGACAGCUGUGCAAACAAUGGCAGAGGUCGGAAGUUUUCUGGGGACACUCGACCUGGAUUUACAAAGCUUUCCUGCACUCGGGACUAUGCCAAUAGCGGAGUCUCCAGUGGGCCUGAAUGAGCGGCUGGGGCAGAUUGAAGGGAGGCUGCAGCGGGGGUCGCCGACGGAUUUCGGGCACCUGAAAGGGAUCCUGAGGCGACGGCAGCUCUACUGCAGGACCGGCUUUCAGCUGGAGAUAUUCCCCAAUGGGACCGUGCACGGGACAAGGCAGGACCACAGCAGAUUUGGUAUCCUGGAGUUCAUCAGUCUGGCUGUGGGCCUGGUCAGCAUCAGAGGGGUGGACGUUGGACUCUACCUCGGCAUGAAUGAGAAAGGAGAGCUCUAUGGGUCGAAGAAGCUGACGGCGGAAUGCGUGUUCAGGGAGCAGUUUGAGGAGAACUGGUACAACACCUACGCGUCCACUCUGUACAAGCACACGGACACGGGGCGCCUCUACUACGUGGCGCUCAACAAAGACGGCUCGCCCCGGGAGGGCAACCGGACUAAGAAACACCAGAAACUCACCCACUUCCUGCCGAGGCCGGUGGAGAUUGAAAAGAUCCCUCAAGCGUACAGGGAACUGUUCCAGUACAGGUGACCAGUGCUCACGGGGGCAGGAAAACAAGAAGGUUGGGGGUGGAUAUUUUGGACGGGUCACAGACGGUUCGCCCUCAGCUCCCCCUGAGGUCACUCGGUCUGCGCCUCGGCCCACUGCC